AUGGAUGAUGCCUUAAUUGAUGCAUUCUAUCAUGAGCACACACUUGAAAAUAGGGUUGGUGGAACUUUUACUGCACACGCGAUUGACAAUAUAGUGAAAGAGCUGCAAUCAAAAUUUUCAGAUAAAGUUUUUACCAAGGAGAGCGUUCAUAACCGAAUGAGAAAUAUUAAAAAAAUAUUUAGCAAGUGUUAUGACACCUUUCAAAAUGGGAUGAGCGGGUUUGCAUGGGAUUCCAACACAAAUAUGUGGAAUGCUGAAUCUGAAGUAUGGGAUCAAUUAAUACAGGCUAAGCUUGAAGUUGCUGAAUGGAGAAACAAGCCGAUUAGAAAUUAUGAUAAGCUAAUUGAGCUAUAUGGAAGGGAUAGAGCUACUGGAAAGCAAGCUGAGACCAGAGCAGAUAUGGAACAUGGACAAUAUGAGCAAUAUCAAUCAACUCAGGAAGCACGUAAAUCGAAUGCAUAUCCAGAGGUACCAACUUCUAGCAGAAAUAAAAAAUCUAAACAAGAUCAUCUUGAAGGCAUGACUGAUAUGUUGAGAGGUGAGAUGAAUAAUUUGGCUAAUACAAUUAAUCACCUUUCAACUAUGCCACCUAUUUCUGAGAGUGAGAUAUGGCAAAUGGUACAAGUGUUGGAUUUAGAUCCUAGUAUGGACAUGAAAGCUUAUAUAUUUCUUUGCAAACAUGAAGACUUGUGUCGCACACUAAUUGGGUGUCCAUUGGAAGAUUCGCAAAUUUCUUUUACUGGCCUUCAUGUCGUCACCUGGCAAUUGAGUUAG